GGCGGCGGCUCAGCCCGAGCGCCCGCGCGGGCGGCGGGAGCUGGCCCGUUAUUGUAUUGCCAAAAGCCGAAUGGGAAAGGAUUCAGGGCAAUCUUGGCAGUACAACUAGAGAAGCAGCAUGUAUCCUUGCUGAGAGGAAAGAACGGAAAGAAAUGCACUUACGCUCCAAGGCAGCUGUAAAGGACUGGCCCAAUACCAUUAUGGGCCUGGCACAAAGGAAACUUAAAGCCAAAAAACUAUGUGCAGAAAGGGAAGAGGAAGAGAGAAGGUUAAUUGAUUUGGAAGAAGCACAAUUCCAAGCAGCAAGACGGAAAGAGGCUAUCGAUCAAGCAAGCACCUAUCAAUACUAUAAGACUGAAAGAGUGAAAGGGUUACAUAGUGCACUUCUACUUACUGAGGUCCUUAAAGAAAGAGAUGCUCAAGUUGAAUUUAAAAAGUUAAAGCAAGAUGUUAAUAAAAAGAAGGAAGAAGAAUUGGAACAUGAACGUAAAAAAGCUAUUCUCAGAGAACAGGAGAAGGCACAUGAACAUUAUAUGAAACAAAAGGCACUUAGCAGAGCUCAGCUGGAACAAAUAAAGGAGCACAAGCGUCAGGCAGAACUGGCCAAGCUAGAAGACAAAAGAGAAGGAGAAGAAAUUCAGAGAUUGACUCGGUUGUACCAACUGGAAAUUCAGAGAGAAAAGGAGAAGGAGCAGGCGGAAAAGCUUGAACGCCGGAGGCUGCAUCAUAAACAUGUAGCUGACCAAAAAAUAAUCAAAGCAGCAGAGGAACAAAAACAAGAGGAAGAUGAUGAUCGGAUUAGAGCUCAUUUUAAAGCAAAGCAAAUUAUUGACAAGCUGAGAAAAGAAAAAGAAGCUGAAAUGCAAAGGCUAAUGCAGGAACACCAGGACACCAUUGUUAACCGCCUAGCUGCACAGAUGAGUGAGGCAUUUAAGAUGGAAGAUGGUCGUGUUGCUAGAGAUAUUGCAAAAAAAGAAGCUGAACAAGAAAAAGAACGCAAAGACAAAGAAGAAAAAAGAAAGGCCGACAUUGAAUCUAUUGCUGAACACAGAGCCACUGUGAUGAAGAUGAAAAUGGAAAGGGAGAAAGAGAAAAAAGCAGAGGGUAAAAAAGAACUUUAUGACUUAAUGGAAACAGAUCGUAUCUACCUGGAAAUGGAAAAAGCCAAGAAACAAAGACGUCGUGAUGAAAAUAUGGAAGUCCAGAAAAUUCAGGUCCAGCAAAUGGCUGAAAAGCAGGCAAGAAAACAGCAGGAAAAACAAGCAGACUUGGACUACGAUGCUCAGAGAGAGGCUAUUGCAUUUUUUAAGGAGUGUGAAUUUCAGAACUAUGCAAAGCAAGUAAUUGAAUCAGAGUCCAAGACCACACAUAAUCUUUAUCCUCUUCUCAAAGCAUCCAAAGAAGGAACAGAACUGGUACAUGGGCCACAUUCCAGAGGAAGAGGACCUAGUUAUCAAGCACAGGACAUUCCUGGAACUCAGUUACCUUGUUGUAUCUGUACUACAACUCAAGAAGUAAAAACAUGAAAUAACACUAAGACUAUCCAACAAGGAAAGCCAAAAGUAGUUUCCAUGUGAUAAAAAAAUAGAUUUAAUGUCUUUUUGAAUCUUAUGGGAAGAGUUUAAAACUAUAAAGGAUCCAUAUUGAAUACAUGCUAUUAAGCUGGAAGCCCAUUUGAAAAAAAUGCCAGAGAUCUGACUAUAGUCUCAGAAAUCACCAGCUUGUAUUUUUUGAAAGUUAGUUUGUUAAACUGGAGACAGAG